UGCUGAUUUUGCUGCAAGAAAAUAUAAAGAUCAUCAUUUGAAUAAAUUUAUUUCUUCAAAAUCACCUUUGGAAAAAAUAAAUUUAAAUAUGAUCAGUAAAGUGCCAUUGGAUCCAAUACAUUUCAUUGACAUGGGUGUUACCAAGAAAAUGUUGAUUACCUUAUUGAAAAAAAAAUCAAAGUACAAAAUGAGCAAAAGUAGCUAAGAACAAAUGUCAUCCCAAUUUAAGUUGAUAAGGAAAUAUAUUCCAAAAGAGUUUGUAAGAUUUCCAAGGAGUUUCAAAGAAAUUCACCAUUGAAAAGCAACAGACUUUCGAUAAUUUCUGCUUUACACUGGAAUCUUAUUGUUAAAAGACCACGUGCACGAAGAUUUUUAUUAUGAAUUUCUGCUUCUUCAUUGCGCGUGUAGACUUCUUUCUUGUGCAUCUAAUUAUUUACGAAAUUUGAGUACAGCCAGAGCUAUGUUACAAUUGUUUGUUGACAAUUUUGCAGUUAUAUUUGGCCGGGAGUCUGUAUCGUACAACGUCCAUGGUUUACUCCAUAUUUGCGACUGUGUUGAAGAAUUGGGUUGUCUUUACACAUUUUCAGCAUAUGAUUUUUAAAAUCAUUUGCAAUUAAUUAAAAAAAAAUGUCAGGAAGCCGACACAAAUUCUUCAACAAUUGGCAAAUAUAAAUGAAAUUUCAGAAUUUUUUUCAAUGAAAGCAAAAUAGAAAUUAAAGAAAAAAAUAAUAUAAUUACAAGUUUUAGGAUGAAAAUUUUUUAUUUAAGUUCAAAGACACAAGAUAAUGCUUGCGUUAUUUUGCCAGAUAUACCGUCUUCAAUUAAAAAAAUUUAAAAGUCAAAUGCAGGAGAAAUAAUAUUGGAAGCAGUCCGGUUUAAAGAUGUCCAUCCGUUCUUUACAGCUCCAUUCACUUCAUUAGCUCUAGGAAUAGAACUUUCGGAUUCAUUAUCUGAAGAAAUUGAAGAAUUUAAAGCAGAUGAUGUAGCAUAUAAAUUGAUGUUGCUUCCUUCUUCACAAAAUUUUCUACUAUUGCCUUUAUUAAAUAGCUGCACUUUUUAAUAGAUAACAAAAAACAAAAGGAAUAUAAAAAAAUAUAAUAUAAAAAAUAUAAUAUAAAAAAACCACAUAUUUAUAUGAAAAUGACUCAACAACAACCAAAUCAGAUAAGACAAUUUGACUUCAAAGAGAAUGAAAUAAUAUUUUAUGAUUCGCAAAUUCAUUCCGAAAACAACUAUAGCGCCAGCAGCAAUAACAACAACUAUCUCAAAACCAAUAAUAAUACCAACUUCCCCAACAGCAAUAGCAAAACUUGUGAAAGGUGCAAAUUUUUGGAGGCUAAAAUUGACGAUUUGAACACCAAAUUUGACAACAUGCUAGAUUACCUUAAAAAAAUGAUGGAAGUUCAGGCAAAGCAAAGCGCCCAAUUAAGCGUUCUUGUUAAUAAGGACGCAGAUAUGAGGAAUUUGAGCAAACUCUUCCUUAUUAAAACCAUUGAAGAAAUGGAAAGCGUCAAUAACGCCAUAAAUCAGGUGAACAUCAAUGAAUAUAUUAACGCAAUAAAACACUUAUUAAAGGGGGAUCCUGAAAAGCACUUUGAGAAAAUUAUCUCCAGAUCUAUGUGCAACGAAGUCAAUGUAGGCGGCGUCCAUGGCAAGAUUUGCCUCAAAAAAUAUACUUCCUUGUAUGAUGUGAUUAUAAUAACAGGUGGAUUGUCGGCGACGUCAGAAAAGCCCGAUAAGCAACUGUCGAAAUGCCUCCACAUUGUUAAAAAAAGGCUGUAUAGAUUAACCACAGUUAAUAAACUAAAAAUCGGAAAUAACUAAUAUAACACUAUUGACUUUUUUUUUAUCUAGUUUUAGUAUAAAAACAGAUUUUUUUUUUUUACUGAAUAUGUGAUCAUUUUCUGAGGAUUUUUUUUUUUUUAUUUUUGAAAUCAUUAUUAUAAAUUAUACUUAGUUUUAAGAAGAGAAGACUUUAAAUGUUUAAAUUAUACGAAAUGUGAUGAAUAAAAUCAAAAAUAUAAAAAAACCAAAAUAAAAAACCAGCUAUUUUCAUUUUUAGAAAAAUAUAUAUUGCAGACCAAAGUAGAUAGGUAUUAUGCAGUCCGAUUGGUCUAUGCAUAAGACAGUCAAAUGCAUAGACCAAAGUAAAUAGCUUUUGUGCAGGUCGAUUGGUCUGUCAAUGAGACUGUCGUAUGCAUAGACCAAUCGGGCUGCAUAAUGCCUAUCUACUUUGGUCUGCAAUAUAUAUAGACCAGAAUAGGCACUAUUUUUACAGUCUACUUGGUCUAGCAUCUGACUG